CCCGGCGCGGCUGAGGUGGCGGCAGCUGGGCCCCUGGCAGCCGCUCGCUGCCACCCGAACCCGGCUGGGAGAUGCAUCUUGCCGCAGGAGGGAAGCAAAUGGAUCCCUUGCCCAAUCCCGCACCCCUGGCCUCGAAGCUACGGAAUACGCUGGUUCGGUAUCACAGCAUCGCAGACAGCGAGUGGCGUGUGGCGAAGAAAACCAAAGAUGCAACUGUGUGGCGUAAACAAUCGGAGGAAUUCAGUGGAUACCUCUACAAAGCUCAAGGAGUGGUGGAAGAUGCUACUAACAGAAUAGUGGAUCAUAUUCGCCCUGGACCUUACAGGCUAGACUGGGACAGCCUAAUGACUUCAAUGGACAUCCUGGAAACAUUUGAAGAGAACUGCUGUGUGAUGCGCUACACAACUGCUGGCCAGCUCUGGAACAUCAUAGCACCAAGGGAGUUUGUUGAUUUCUCUUACACUACAAGCUACGAAGACGGGCUUCUAACAUGCGGUAUAAGCCUGGACUAUGGAGAGGUGAGACCAAACUUUGUCCGUGGAUUCAAUCACCCUUGCGGUUGGUUCUGUGUCCCUCUCAAGGACGCUCCUGGCCACAGUCUUUUGACAGGCUACAUCCAGACUGAACUGCGAGGGAUGCUACCACAGUCUGCAGUAGACACUGCCAUGUCUAGUACACUGGCCAAUUUCUACUCUGACCUCAAAAAGGCACUCAAAACAUAGACAAACACUGACUUAAAAGCCCGUGCGUUCCUUGAAAUCAGAUUAUGUUGUGUAUCUUAGCGUAGGUUACCUAAAUUGAGGUGAGUGACACUCUUCCUGAAUGACACCUGAACCUUUGUGUUGAGGAUCCAAACAGCUUUAGCAAGUGCUUUUUGGUGUGAUGAUUGGCAUACAUUCCCUGUGCACAGUGCAAUAUGCUUUUUGCUGCUUGGCACUCUGCAGCUUUGUGAGGAAUAGCCUGAAUCUCUAAACCCCCAGCUUCCUUAGUAGAAAGCACAAGAUGUGUGUGUGGGCUUGGAAAAUGCAGCAUGAGCUCAGCUCCCUGCAGCAGUUUUGGGAGCCAGGUGCUCGAGAUUUUGACAGUGCACAUUGCUGUACAGGCAGCAUCUCAUUGAAGAUGUAAUUUAGUAAACUAUAUAUAUAUAUAUAUUGGUAUUUACUUAAAUUCUUUGAUUUUUUUAAAGUUUGUUCAGCUGCAUCUGUAAUUUGUUUUUAAAUUUGCUUUGAUUUAUCAUAUAGAUAUUAUAUAGCUAAGUUGUUAAAUGAUACUAUUCAUAAAAAAGCUAUUUGUACUUGAGAACAUAAGUAAGUGUUCAUUUUUGGCAUUUCUUUGAUAUUGUAACAGUAACUUACUUACUGUUGUAUACAACAGUCUCAGUGCAUAAAGAAAUGCCCUUACAGCUGAUCCGAAGCUCAUUUAGGUCAUCACAUGUCUUUCCAUUGUUUUUUGUUGUUUUUUGUUGGCUUUUUUUGUGGGCUUUUAAUCACACAGUUGUCAAAAUAGCAAACCUCUAAUGGAUCUUCAGUGAUACUCUUUACUUCUAAGGACAUUUUUACUUAAAUGUGCAUGUAAUACAUAUGUGGGAAUUUUGUUUAGUUGGGUUUUUGGGGGAUUUUCUUUCUGUGUAUGUUUCUUGAACUGCAUACCCUGGAAUAACAAAAGCAGCAGAAAGAGCCACUUCUUUGCUUCAGGGAUAGGUGUUGCUGUAGCCACAGCACCACAGACUUGCCAGUGUUCUGGUGCUGUAGCGUGGUUCUGUUCUGCCCCUAGGUUGAUCUGUGCAAUAAAUUAAGAACUUAAAAUACAAGCAACUGAAGGCCAAAGCUCAAGCUGCAGAAUUGCUCAGACCUGCUGAAGGAUACAGGGUCUUUUUUAAAGAUGCAAAUUUCAAGGAUAUUCAGCAGUCCAGUGAUUCUGAUAGAUAUAUAGCAGGGGCAUUUAAGAAAUAACUCUCUCCCUGCCAGGAACAUGAAUUCUCUUUAAAAUCUGAUGCUAAGCCUUUAAUGUUGGUAUGUGUCAUUUGCUCAGGUGAUGUAGUUAUCCCUAUGCUUUGCCAGUGCUCUCACAGUGGCAAGUUUAACUGUGUAGGAGUUAGGAAAAGUAUCUUUGUUCCCUGAUACUGUGGAGCCAAUUGUAUACAUACAAUCCAGGGACAGGUUUUAGACUCAGAAAAACAAAAAUUCAGAUCAAAGUCCCUUGCAAUAUUGGCUUUUUUGACACUGACCACUGUAGCUGAACUCUGAAUAGUGAGGACUUCCCUUUCUUAUUGCUCAGUCAGAGAGGUAGAAAAAACAUAACACCAAAUAUAGUGGGGGCUUUUUCAACCUGCUUCAUGUUUUAAGGUAUUUAGUACUAUUUAAGACAGUUAAAAACAAUGCAUCAAACAGCCUUUGGUCCUCAUGGGCAGAAAAUGUUAAUUCCUUUUUAGGUUUUGUGUAUUUCCCUUUAAACCCCUCAGUUAGUCUUCCCAUUUUUUUUUCUACCUUCCUCAUGUCUGCCAAACUACUGCAAGCUCACAAGGUGAUCUUCUACCACCAAGGACACCAAGGAAUUGCUGCCAAUAUUCUCUCAUUUCUAGUACUGGUACAGAGGCAAUUAUGAAAUCUUUGGCAGUGCUGCUCCGUGGGAUGAAUGGUGACAUCACUGUAGAGGAAAGUGUUUGAAGUGUAGCCUAUUUUUUCUUUCCAGUUACAAAGAUUACAUGUGCAGUGAAUCUGCAUAUUCAUGUCUUCUCUUUUUAGAGCUGCUGGGACUGACUAAUGGAGGGAUACAGAUGUAUGUAGAGAAAAAUACUGCCUCUCUAUGUAAAAAGCCGAGUUUAAAUGUGCACAGAGGCACUUCAGUGCUGGAGAAAUGGGUCAGAAGGAGCACAGGACACAGGAGGAUGUUGGUACAGCACCAGGCACCACAGAAGUAAUUGUUCCAAACACCCAUUUUAGGGGCUCUGACACAUACACAGUACUUAUCCUUAUUUAGUAUCCAGUGAAAUGUUUUUUUUCUGGUUUUAGUGAAGACAAACUGGUGAAGCACAGAGCAGCUGAAGAAAGAAGAACUUGAGCUAAAGUAAGAAAAUUGCUAGUGCAUUUUUAUAUACUGAUACUUUUAAUAAAAUUUUAGCUAUAGACUAGUACAGAACUAGGAGAAAGAUGUCCAAUUUAAAUUGUAUUUAUUUGAACCUGAAAUUUAUAUUAUUUUUAUAUAGCUAUAGAUGGAGAGGGAGGAAGAGCUGUUCUUUAACCAGAGUACAUCAGAACCAAGAAAGCCACAGUAUCAGAGCCUCUUCUUCCACUGUUGCAUUCUUCUCCUCUUGAGUUAGUGGACAAUCUAGGUGGAGCCAAGAGGGUUAAAACUGGAAAGCAGUGGCAAGGACAAAGUGCAGGAGCCCAUGUUUUGCCUAUGCAGAAGUAAUGGGAGACAAAGUAAAUGCUUAGUAUAGAUUUCUAUCACUGAGGAAUACAGUUAUCCAGAAGUGUCUUCUGAACAAAUUGCCCAAGAACAGCAGAGAUCUUAUUUUGCUAGAUAAAUAGCAUGUAUAUAGGCACAUCAAAAAUAUUUUUAUAUGGCUAAUAUUUUUUUUAAGAAAGCCUUACUUUUUAAGAGGUAUGGGCAAUGUGACACUUUACUCUUUGGCACUUUAACUAGGUGAUUUGUAUAUGUGUGGGAAAGGUUUUCAUGCUUGGGUUUGUUCCUCAUCUAAAAGCUCCAGCAUUAAACUUUUCCUGUAGAUGUGCAGAAGAUGCAGAGAUGGGGUUAAGCUCACUUUAGAGGCAAAGUACCACAGCUGGCUGGGAGGUGGACUGAUACCUCAGAGAGAUACCCUCUCUGAGGUGCACAGUCCCUGAUCUUAAAUUUGAUGAAUUUAUAAAUGUGAAACAUGAUGAACUUACAAAACACAGAGCGUAUAAUUUCUCCAGUAAUUAUAAGUAACCAGAACAGUUUUGAUGGUGUGACCUGGUGGUUCAGCCUAGGAGGUGCACUGCUGUAAAAAUAGCCCUAAGUCUAGUGAAACCAGUCAAGUUGUGCCUGUGUAUGGAAAGUCAAAGUCUGUUUUAACAGUGAGUUUAACUUACUGUGGUCAGCAUUUAAGGGAUUGUAUUUGUAUCUUGAGUGCAACUGCAGAAUAAAUUAAAAUAAUGGAUUCCAACAGGCUCAUCAUGUACCUUCUUCAAUGCUUGUGCAGCCAUAUGUAGCAUUUUUGGGGCGUUAUGUCUGAUGAUGUAGUUAAUCUUUAGCUGACUGGUGAUCUCUAAUGAUACCAGUUUGUCUCCUUAAAUUUGAAAGCCAUAAAGCAUUCACUUAGAAACUUGAUUUAGACUGAGGAUAAGGCCCAACUGAAAUGUCUUGAAAACUGUACAAGUAGGAUUUUCUCAAGGCUUCAGUCCUAAAUAUGUAUAUACAGGAGUUGUUUUGUUUUUUUAUGAUGACCCUAUGAUUGUUGUGGAAGAACUUUAUUAUUUUGGCUUACUAUUUUUUACCUUUUUGUAUGUUUAAGAAGUGAUCUAUUAACCAUAAACAUUAAGUUAAUCUGAAACACAUGAGCAUAUAGCACCUGGCAGAAGGCAUAUAGGUUAUAUAUCAGGUGUAUAAAACAAGCUGCAACAUGUAUAUUGACUUGUAUUUAAUUAGCAUCUACAGAAACAAAGAAAAUCUCUGCAUCUCCUCUAGACCCUUCCUUUGCUUGUCUUACAAAGCUUGCACAAAAGCAGUAGAGUUCUGUAGCAUUUGACUUCAGUGGAAAAGCCUUGUAGCUGCCUUCUGUUGCUGAGAAAAGGAACUGUCACCUCUGAGAUACAGCACACUCUUGCAGAGCAUGUAUCAUGUCCUUCUGCAAAGUAUGGUAGGGAUAGGUAUAGAAGCCACUUGGGAUCUUUGGGAAAUCCUUAAGGACAUUAAUUAUUAGAAUUGUUAAAACAUUGAUGUUCGAAUCCAUUUCGUGGUGAAAGAUUUUAAACCUACACUAAGUAUUAAAUGUUCUCUAGAAAAUAAUAUAUCCUAAAGUCCUAAACUGCAGUUUAUAAUUCAUUCAGCCUUUUCCAGUCCUCAUUUUUUUCCAGACUCAGUUUUACAGUUCAAAUAGGGACUGCUUAUCAUGGAGUUACAUCAUAACUUCUUACUACAGUAACUACCUGUAGUAACUUGUGAAAAAUUAUGCUUCCUUGGGAUUUGCCACUGGCAUGGAGAAAGCAGACACAGAUGGUAACAGCAUAUGGCAGGAGAUACCUGUGCAUGUUUCACAGCUUACCCACAUGGUAAGAAAUGCCACAUCUGGAUUAAGAAGCUUCAGAUACCAUCAUAAUUCCCAGAACUGCCUUCUCCAGAGUUUCUUUCUUUAAAACAGUUCUUUCAGUGUGCCUAGACACUAGGAUCUCAGAAGUUUUUCUUAGGUAACCUAAGUGGAACUCAUAAGAUCGGUUGCUGCCCAGAGUGAAACCAGAAACUGACCUUGUUCAAGCCCUCACUGCACCAGUUUGGCUCUGCCCUAGGAUGCAAAGGAGUAGAGAGCACUUCCUGAGCUCUACCUGCACCUUGCUGACCUGCCUGCCAUCACAGACACCUCUCUGAGGCAGUCUAUAACCCUGGAGAGAAAAUUGUUACGCCAAGAUUCCCUGUCUCAGUGUGUCAAAGUGCUGCCUGCAAUUUGGGUUCCAGUCGGGGAGCAUUGCUACUGAGGUUGUUGCUGUUACUAAUUCCAUCUCCAGGGUGCACUGGGGAGGCAGGGCGGUGCUCAUGCGGGUGCAUUUCAGCAGCAGCAAACAUGAGUUCAGCCAACCCAUGUUACUUGAGUGCCAUACAACCCCACCUUGUCUGUAUGCCUGACAGGAUUUCAAGCUCCUCACAUUUUGAAGGGGGAAGGAAAGAAACCACAGCAUGCUUGUUCACUGGAGCAUAAGCCACGUCUCCACAAACCACCAUUUCUUCUGUGUACAGGAUUAAGGAUGCAGCCUGUAUGUGCACAGCCAUAUCUGCAGAACUUCAUGGUCUUCCUGUCUCAAUCAGCUAUGUGAAAAUAACAUUUUGUAUAUGCUCAACAUGGUCAAACCAUCUUUCUGCUCUGCUGUGUGCCUCCCAGCCCACACCAUGGGAAUAAAGCUUCAGUGGAAACAAAAUUGAGGAAAUCUUAAUGCCCACCACAAAUACCAAAGAAGUUGUGAAGAGGGAAGAGACCCUUCAUGUACUCUUUUUAAUGUUAAAUGAAAGUAUAGAGAUUUCGCCAUGGAUGUAAAAAUAGUGAAUCACUUCCCAAAACCACCUGCAUCAUUGGAUAUUUGAAACAUAAAGUUUCUGGGAUAUGUACAACAUUGAAGGAAACAAAUGCUUGAACUGCUGAGAAGGAUGUCAUAACUACAAAAGCCCAGGGCUUUUUAAAGAAGAAGACUGUGCCAGGCGUCAAUAGAAAUGCAGGAAUUUGGUAGUUAUGAGGCAGGAUCAUUAUGUUUAACUCCCCAACUAUCCUAACUCAUUAAAAGUUCCUCUGACUUACUAGUUUUUUCUUAUUUCCCAUUUCCUUAUUUGUCUCAAGCUCAUUAUAAAACCAGUGUAAUGUGCUGUGUGAUGAGCUCCAACUCAGCUGUUUGAUGUGCUGUUUUUAAGACGUGAGCCAAGAGCAAACAACCCUUGAGCUCCAGGGGGAGCUCAAAGCCAGCUUGAUACUUGCCCUCUCCUUUAGUCUUGUCAACUUUUGCUUUUCCACUUUGUUAUGGAGGUGACCAAGAUGAUUUCAUGAAAUUGCAGUACGAAUGCAUGCCUUGGGAAAAGAUUCAGCAACAUCAGUGGAAGUGCCAAAUUGGACCUUUUUUUUCUUUUUUUACUGGAGCACUCUUGUCAUGCAAAAUGUCUCGUAGUGAGUAUAAUGACUUAUUUCUUCCAUUGCUCCAGGAUGGAGAGAUUUUGUAAAAUCAUCUCCCACAAAAGGGUAUGAAGGGACUUUGCAUUCAAGCAGUUGGCAAGAUGAAGGAGUUUUAGAUGGCAAGAAUAGUAAGAUGCACCAGUACCAAGCAAGAGGGAACACCAUGAGUGACAGAUAUGGGCACAGAGCAGAGAAAUAAAAAACAAAAAGUCCUUUCAACAUGUCAGUCUUAAAAUGUUCUC